UGUCAAAUCGUCCAUCAAAUACAAUAAAAAUCACCUGAUAUUUGUUAUAAUAUUUGCUUUGAAAAUAAAAUGUUUUAAAUAAAAACCAGCCAUGGAAAAGGAAGAAAUUCCGGCUAAUGCCGAGAGCGUAAAAAAACCUGUCCGAUAUUCGGUUGAGAAAAUUAUACGAUACACUUUAGUUGGUCUGAUUGCUCUGUCCCUCGGCUAUCUCCACUACCUGUACGUCUCAACAAUCUUCGAGAACAACUUCAACUUCUCUCAUCUCUCGACCAUGGAGCGGGAGAUCGCACUCCGCACCGAGAUGGGCUUCUACUACUCGUACUACAAGACCGUGGUUGAAGAGAGACCGUUCAUCGCCGGAGUGUCUAAACUCAUGUAUGAUCGGCUCGUAGAGUUCCCAAAGGAGGUUAAUGCGUUUAACAGAUUCAACAUCGCUCCGGAGGUCCUGAUAGGAGCGAUGUACCGCUACCUAGAACCGUGGUUGAACACCUCGACGUAUCGGCAGUGUCACUUGGUGUACCGCGGUGAUGAAAUAGAACCGGUGCAAAGCUGUGUGGGCCUGGGCGAACCUAUUCUGUUUUAUUUGGAGGCUGUUUGGUGGUUGGCCGGGUUGUUGGUAGCAGCUCUAUUCUUCUCAGCAUAUAGUUUGAGCAAUAGCGUCCUAGGCGGACUACUAGCCGUUGCGCAGUACUUCGCGAACCAUAUUGAGUGUACCCGGGUACAGUGGGCUCCGAACGAGCGAGAAAACAUGGCCGCUCCUUUACUACUACUACAGAUGGGCCUAGUGGCAACGCAAUUGCGUAAUGGUCGCACGUACUGCCGUCUACAGGUGUCAAUCUUCAUUUUGAACUGCCUCUGUCUCCUAUUCUGGCAGUUCUCCCAAUUCGUCUUCCUCACACAAACCCUAAUUUUCUUCCUAAUGGAGCAACUCAGAAUAAUCGACCUUAAGGCCCUCUGCAUCUUCCUCCACUCACACUUCUGCGGUCUCCAUAUGGCCGUCUUACUGUUACAAGGGAACGAUAUGCUGAAAACUUCCUUGUACACGUCAUUUUUCUUAGUCGUUUCCACGUAUUGUUUGUUUUUCAGCUCGUUUAGAAUAAAAGUGCAGAAUAGGUUCGAUCUAUUUGUAGAAUCUUGGUUAGUUAUUCUAAGAUUUCUAAUAGUAAUCACAUCAUCACUAUAUUUAAAGCAUUUGAUAAGCGAUUUUCUUGAAAUACAAGACGACACUCACGUGUGGGAUAUAUUGUAUUCUAAAUUCACUAGUUAUAAAAAUUUUCACACUUUAUUAUAUACUUGUUCGGAAGUAUUUGACUUUUUGCCUUUAAGUACUGUUGUGAAUAUGUGUAAAACAUGUUUAAUACCUAUGGUUGUGUUUGGUGUGUGUGUCCGUGUGUACUCGUGGUUUGGAGAAGAGAAAAAGACUGUGGAAAAGGAGGUUCUAGAAGAUGAAGACAGCGGGAUAGAAAAUAAUACAGAUAGCAAGGAAAAGAACGACGUAGAAAUGGACAUGACCGAUUCCACAGUGAGUUAUAUGCGUCGGCUCAAAGUUGAGCCAGCCGUGGUGUACCAAGUGGCUCAAUUGUGUGUGUUCGCGAUCCUAGCGGCUCUAGUUAUGCGGCUCAAACUUCUGUUGGGUAUGCAGUUGUGCGUUGUGAGCGCUCUCGCCGUAAACGCUAACCACAAGGUGCCUCUGUCGGUACAAAAAUACUUGCCACUGUGCUGGGUGGCGGGCUGCGCUGCGCUUGCGCACCGCCUCAGCGUCAAUAUGAGCGCUGAAAUGUCACAUAUAGGUGAAUUCAGCGAUUACCAACAAGAAGAACUCCUCAACUGGAUCUCAACAGAGACAGGAGCAAAAGCGGCCUUUGCGGGAUCCAUGCCCAUACUGGCCACAGUCAUGCUAGUCACGCGGCGGCCCGUAGUAGCGCAUCCACACUACGAGAACAAGGAGGCGAGAGCCCGCGCUUACGCCGUAUAUAAAACGUAUGGAAAAUUCACAACCGAUGAUCUGUAUAAAGAGUUGACGGCUCUCAAGGCCAUCUACCUCAUCGUCGAGAACAAGUACUGCUACGGCAGGACUCGGCAAGGCUGCUCGUUCGAGGACAUCUGGGAGUCGGAGUACCCAGGGAGGCGCGGGCCGCGCGCCUGCCACGCGCUGCUACAGGGGACCCAGGACCACUUCUACCCCGUGUUCCGGAACAACCACUACGCCGUGUUCCGGCUCCACGACUACAGUGUCAGGUCGCACAAAACUACCGCCUGCCACGCGCUGCUACAGGGGACCCAGGACCACUUCUACCCCGUGUUCCGGAACAACCACUACGCCGUGUUCCGGCUCCACGACUACAGUGUCAGGUACUGUCCCAUCAGAUACAUGACGAAUAGUAACGGACCUAAAACAGGUCCUUGA